AAUGUAGAUACAACAUAGAAAUCUGAUUAAAUUGAAAAGAAAGAUCAAGAUAAAAAUAAUUAUGUUUAACAUUUUGAAGAAUUAAAGUAGUAAUAAUUUGAAUAGGGUGAUGGAAAUUGGAAAUUAAAGAUAAAUGUAAAAUAAGGAUAAAUAUAAUAUAAUUACUAUUUUAGUGAAACAGAAUUAAAAGAGAAAUCAAUUAAUUGUACAGAAUUUGAGAAAGUUGCUUCAGAUUUAAUUACUAAUCUUAAAUUAAAUGAAAAAUCAAUUGAAGAUUAUAAAAAUUCAUCAACAACAUUAAUUUCUAUUUUGA